UGCAGCCCGGCCCUCCCCGCCCUGGACUGGCAGCUGCCGGCGCGCUCGGGACCCUACGAGCUCCGGAUCGAGGUGCAGCCCAAGCCCCACCACAGAGCCCACUACGAGACGGAGGGCAGCCGGGGGGCCGUGAAGGCGUCGGCCGGAGGACACCCCAGCGUGCAGCUGCACGGCUACUUGGAGAACGAGCCGCUCACGCUGCAGCUGUUCAUCGGGACGGCAGACGACCGCCUGCUGCGGCCCCACGCCUUCUACCAGGUGCAUCGGAUCACGGGCAAGACCGUGUCCACCACCAGUCACGAAGCCAUGGUCUCCAACACCAAGGUCCUGGAGAUCCCGCUGCUGCCGGAGAACAACAUGCGAGCCAUCGUGGACUGCGCCGGGAUCCUGAAGCUCAGAAACUCGGACAUCGAGCUGCGCAAAGGGGAGACAGACAUUGGGAGGAAGAACACCAGGGUGAGGCUGGUCUUCCGGGUGCACAUCCCGCAGCCCAACGGCCGGACGCUGUCCCUGCAGGUGGCCUCGAACCCCAUCCACGCAGCCCAGCGGUCGGCCCAGGAGCUGCCCCUCGUGGAGAAGCAGAGCGCCGCCAGCUGCCCCGUCCUCGGUGGAAAGAAGAUGGUCCUGUCUGGCCAUAACUUUCUGCAAGACUCCAAGGUCAUUUUCGUGGAGAAAGCACCAGACGGUCACCAUAUCUGGGAGAUGGAGGCGAAGAUGGACAGAGGCCUCUGCAAGCCGAACUCGCUGGUGGUGGAGAUACCGCCGUUUCGCAACCAGAGGAUAGCGAGCCCCGUGCCGGUGAGCUUCUACGUGUGCAACGGGAAGAGGAAGAGGAGCCAGUACCAGCACUUCACCUACCUGCCCGCCGACGCUCCAACCAUAAAAACAGAGCCCGCCGACGACCACGAGCCUGCCCUGAGCUGCGGGCCUGUGGGCCAGGGCCUGAGCCCGCUCCCACAGCCGAGCUACAGCCAGCAGCUGGCAGUGCCGCCCGACCCGGGCUCCUGCCUGGUGGCCGGCUUCCCGCCCUGUCCGCAGAGGAGCGCCGUGGUGUCGCCACCGCCCAACGUCGGCCCGGAGCUCCACGACCUCUCUUCCGCUGCCUAUGGCAAGGCCGCGGCCAGCCCGGGCCACGGCCACCUCGGAGCCCCGCGGCCGGCCGGAGGGGUGCUCGCCGUUCGGGAGAUGCCGAGGCCCGUGGGCCUGCACCCCGGGCCCCCCCAGCAGCCCCCGCCCGCCCUGCUGCAGCCACAGUCCUGCAGCCCCACCCGCGUCCCGGUGGUGCCGGUGGCCGUGGACCCGCAGGACCAAGGCGGCACCAAGUGCAACAGGCUCUGUCAGAAGUGGCUUCAGGUCAAGCCUUCUUGUUUCCUGGCCUCUCGAGAGCCUCGUUGCUGUGUUGGCAAACAUCGCGUCUCCUCUCGGCGGGUUGAACGGGUCCCCAGAGCCGCUGUGCCGCAGCGUUCUCUUCCGACGCUGCCGUUCCGGAAGCGGAUGGUGCUCGUGGGCCCGUCUCGCCUAAGUGGCAGGUGCAGCCUGGCCGGGGGACCCAUGAGCCUUCAAGGAGGCACAGCCCAGGCCUCGGCCUCCAAACAGCAGCAUUUGCCCUUGGCUCCGUGA